AUGGACAGUCUUGCGCGGACACAAUCGCGCGACCGCGAGAGGUCACUGCCUUCUCCGAUCUACCCUCGUCCGUCUUCAAGAUCGAGUACAAGUACUAGCGCAACCCGACGGACUCCUCGAAGCGCAAACAGUUCCACCUCUCAAUUUGUCACAUCUCCGCGACCUCCCAGUGCUCAUCCUUCCCACAAGUUCCACCAUAGCUCCUGCGCCCAGUCAAUGGUGACCUCCCGGCCUGGGUCUGCUGUGUCAAGAGACCGAGUUUCCGACUCUGGACGGCAGAGCGCCGCAUCCACGUAUCUCCAGGACAAGCUCCAGAGGAGAAGGGAAGAAGCGGACAGGCUGGCUGCGGUACGGUCAACACAAGAUAUGAGCGCCUCUGUAGACCUACCAGUACGUCAUGCGCAGAGUUCCCCCGUGAAAGGCGAGUCGGUGGAUGGCCGCCGGCCAAGAUCGAGUGGAGGCAAUGGAGAACCCGCAAAGAGUAAGGGCAUGGGCGCCAAGGAGAUGGAAGCAACUGUUUCAACCCUGCACAAGCAAAAUUUUGACCUGAAGCUCGAGCUCUUCCACCGCCGCGAACGACAAAAUGCGCUCGAAGAGCGAGUGGACGCUCUCGAGUCCGAAAAAGCACAGAUAGACGAUGUGAACGACAAGCUACUCGACGAGUUGGAAAAGCGAGACAAAGCUGUGCAGGAGGCUGUCCAGAUGAUAGUGACUCUUGAGGCCCAGGUUGAGACGCUGUUGAAGGAGCGGGAAAUGGUCCGACUUGUCGAUGAAGCCGGCUUUUUACCUCUCGAUGACCUCGAGUCUCGUCUUAAAAGCCCUACGCCCAAACCCAGAAUAGCGGAUCUCGUACGGCUUGAAGAUGAUGUUAAGACACUCAAUCGUAUGCCAAGCUUCCUGUCGGACUACACCGAAAACACUGAGAACCUACGAAAGGUAUACCUCAGCUCGCGUGGUAGCCUCCUCAGCUUGCCGAGGCUCACAACGGAGGGGGUGGAUGAAUCCGAUGCGCGUCGCGGUAACGGCAUGACGAGCCCAAGCCUCAGCGUCCUCAGUGAAAGUUCUUUUGUAAGUGUGUAUGGGGAGAAGGAAGAUCAGGAUCGGACGAUCGUGGCCGAUGCAGACGAGCCACACUCGAUGGAUGGUGCUUUACCUAAUUCUGGGCCGCCUCGAAAAGCGUCGUAUAGCAGCGAUCAGUCUAGGAUACAAAGGCCACCAACCACCAUGUCAACAAGGUCGAGUCGCCCGAGUAGGUCCAAUUCCAUCGGUCGGGCCCCCCCUGGUCCAGGUCAGUUCAAGUCGCUCCACGACAUCAUCGACCAUACCUCGCCCCUUCAGAAGCUAGCGAGACUCGACCAUGCCUACUUGGACAGUCUGCCUGCCCAGGACUCGUCCCCAAUGGCGGGCAGAGGUCAGUCGCAAAAACAGGUCAAGGACGCGAAGCGCGAAGCCCUGCGAAGAGUCACCACAGAUGCGCCCGCUUCACGGUCUGGCGAAGGCCUGCCUCCCACACCGGACACCAUUUCCACAUCCACUCUUCGAAGAUUCAAGACAUCGAAUGACACGCUCUCUAAACAGCGAGCCGUAUCGGAUCAGCAUAGCUAUCGUUCGAUAUCAGAGGGUACGUCUAAGGGUGAUGACGGUGACCAUGGUGGAGGCGUGCCUGUCUUCCAACAUCCCGCAGCCUCUCCCUUUGCAGGACACAAGGAGCCAGCCAGCGCCCAUUACUUCGAAAUGCGACCGCCCCUGAUCCCUCGCCCUCGAUCGGCAAACGAAACGACGAUAUCGAAUCACCAGGAAAUCGAAUGGGAUUCUGACGGGGACUCAAUGCACUCGCUCGACUCUAGCCUCGAUAUUUGGCUACAGCAAGGAAAAGAUCCAAAGUAUAUCGGGCAUCAGAGGAGCGAAUCUCCAGAUCUGUUCAGCUUUCCUCCGUCCGGUGGGGGAUGGAACCCAGCUGGCAUGUUUGGCUCUUUAGGCGGCGCAUUUGAGGUCCCUGGUCUCCCACCACAGCAACAAACUCUUGCCGAGGAUGUCCUCUUCCAGGACGGUGUCCAGCCUCUGCCCCCGCCAAAUAGGAGGUCGAGCUUGGGUGCUAAGACGGGCCAGACAUCCUCCAAGAAUAUGCCCGCCAAUGGCAAAGUUCGCAAGUCGCCUUCCCGCAGCGGAUCCAGGCGCAACAGUGUUGAUGCGCAAACGAGUCAGUUGGCAGAGUCGGUGGCUCACACCCCGCAGCAUUCGGAUCCAAAAGCUGGCGCUCGCUCCAGAGACAGCCACUAUCCCCCUUCUUCUGCUGCUGCACCCCGCGGGCAUCGGUUGAAUUUUUUCCGACGAUCCAUUGGAGGUAGUACUGCCCCGAGUCCUGUUCAGCAAGCAUCGCCGGCAGCCGAGUCACUGGUACCAGCUCCGACCCAAGCUGCUCCGAUGGGCGUCCCAUCAUGGGUGCAGGGAAACCAUCCGGGAGAGGAGGAUAGGACAAGCGCAACGCCGCCUCCCAUCAUGCGAAACCCUCGUCCCACCCGUUCUGGCAGCUUUGACGAGGGUGCGCCUGUGCAUGAUCGUAGCCCUGCAGUUCCGACGACACCUGUGACAACCUAUGCUUCGUAUACAACAACGGCGAAUGGAACGCCUGUUUCUGCAGAAACCACACCCACGAGCAAUACUGCAAGCGGUGGCGCGCCUUUGCACAAGCGAAAAUGGCUUCCGGGCUUUGGUCGAGCGAGCAGUCUGCGGAAUCGUGCUGGCUGA